CUGUCUAUCGAUGUUUUCAUCAUAACGGACAUUUGUCUCGAUUCUUGUGAAACAUUUAACCGAUCAACAAUGGCCUAUCCAUUUGUCUCGUUGUUAAGAGAGGCUGCAUUGAAACUUGAACAGAUUAUUGUUUGUGCUGUGCUCCGUAAAUUUCAUCCAGGAAUUGGUAUUGUCGUUCCAUUUGAGGAUGCACUCGAAGCUCGGAAGUCUAUUACUGUUCAAGGUGUCUGGAAACAGGGAAUUCUCUGGGGAGUUCCAAAACACAGGAGAAACAUCACGACUCGCCAUAACCGAAAAUUUGGCUGGCCUGACUACAUUUGGAAGCCAAUGGUACCUAAGAAUAAUUUAAUUAUGUGCCGAGUGUGUGGGCACUUUCAUGAAUCCCAAAUUAUUUGCAGACACUGUUAUGAAAAAGUUAGAAACGAAACAACUGAGAUUCAAAAAGUCAUGGAAAAAGAAUUAAAACUUGACUCCAUGGAAAAUGAGAUCAUUGUCUCAUAUGAAGGAGAGGACUACUCUAAAUCUGAAAAAUUUUGGAAGAGUCAACGCAUCAUUGAAAUGAAAAAAAAGAGGCCAUCCUGGUUUCACCAAAAUCUACUUGAAUCAACAUCACAGAAAUUGUCUGAUAGUAAAGGAGUUAAGCCUAACGAUUUAGCUUAAUAAUCUUAAGUUGUAAUAAAAAAAUAAACUCUUCAUUUCUUUGUCAUUCAAUUAUCAAUUGUUCAUAGUUUAGUUACUUUUUUCAUUCAGAAAUUAAAAUACAUUUUUGAAAAUGAAUUUUAUGAC